AUGUCGUCUGAUCUUAUUGAAGGAUCAUCAUCAUCUCCAAUCGUUAUACCUGAUACAACAAGUUCGACUGAUGGAGCUUUAACUAUAAAAUAUAUUGCCAAAACUAUAUGUGAUCAGUUUGAUCGCAAUACCAAAACGAUGGAUGAAAAGAAAUCAUGGGAAGCUACGUGUAAUAUUUGCAAAACUACAAUACGUGGCACAAGAGGUGUUACAUCGAAUUACAAUCGACGUAUUAAAGAAUGUCGCAAGAAUCAAUAUGAAUGGUGA